ACAGAUUGUGACAUUCGCGAAUAUCGCCGCGAUAAUGUACAUAAUAACAAGUGUGUCGAGAUGAUGUGUGUGCAGAAAUUUGCAUGUUCGUCGAGAAAAUAGGCUAGAUAAUAUUUCGAUUCAGUUUAGGAGAAGCAUUCUGUGAAUUGUACGGCCACACGUGCUUUCCCGAAGAGAUAUAUAAACAUGAAACAACUGCAACUUCCAGGAUCAAGAAAAACAUUGGAUGAAAACUCGCAAGAUGGAUAUAGAAUGUGAAUUGUAAAAAAUCAUGUAAUUAUAAGAGAAAAGUAAAGAUACUUUUCAAUCAUUUUACUACAAUCCUGAAUUAAUUUUACAUUUUACAUAAUGGCGGAGGAAAAAAGGAAUAGUUUUGAAGUGUCACAACAAAAAUUACAAAAUAAAAAAAUUGAUAAAAGUAGACAUGCCAAGCUGACGUAUAGCAUCGAGACAUUGUUCGAAAAGUAUUUCACAAUUUCGGACAGCCAAGAACAAACGCAAACAUAUACAUUACCCGAGCCCGAGUCCAUGUUUAAAGCGUCACCAUGGCAGCUGGAUAACUUGCAAAUGUUGAAGAAUAGUCUAAACGAGAUGAAGAGUCGUCUCAACAAUUUCAAUCUAUGCGAAUGGCAACAACAUACGAAUCAGAUGAACAAAGCAGGCGAUAUCGUGAGCGCUGUGAAAAAGAACAUACAAGCAGAGCUUGUGACUCAAGCAUGGUGUAAAUUCUACGAGAUCGCUUCCAACUUUUUUCUAGUCCCGUUAAACGAGAUUCAUCGCGAAGAAAACGGUAAGAACUUCACUUCCGUGCAUCUGUGCGAAGCACCAGGUGCCUUUGUGGCUGCUCUGAAUCACUGGUUGAAGACGAACGCGCCCAACGUGCAAUGGAAUUGGUUGGCAACCACGUUGAAUCCUUACUGCGAGGGAAAUUCAUACGACAGGAUGGUCGCUGAUGACAGGUUCAUCAGGCACACUCUGAAGCAUUGGUGCUUUGGCGCCGACAAUACGGGUGAUAUCAUGGAUCUUAGAAAUCUAGACAUUUUCAUAGAGAGAUGCAAACUCUUAAAUGAGAAGGAACGAAUCCUGCUGGUCACCGCAGAUGGAAGUGUAGAUUGCACAGACGUGCCAGGAGAGCAAGAAAGCGCUGUGGCUCAGUUGCACUUGUGUGAAACGGUGGCUUGUAUGCAUCUCUUGGAGAAAGGGGGCAAUUUUCUCCUCAAGCUCUUCACCCUGUUCGAGCAUCAGUCCGUAUGCUUGAUGUAUCUGCUAUCCUGCGUCUUUCAUCAGGUCACUGUAACAAAGCCAGCGUCCAGCAAAGCUGGAAAUUCAGAAAUGUACGUCGUCUGCGUAAAUUUCAAGGGUAGAGAUUACAUAGCACCGUAUUUGAAUAUUCUCAGACAGCACUGCAGCAACGGGUCGCCUGCAAAAGCGAUGUUUAAUCCGCGGGAUAUUCCAGAUGACUUCCUGCGAAGACUCGAGGAAUGCAGCGAGUUCUUUAAAUGUCAUCAGUGCCAAGUCAUAGAAGAUAACAUAAGUAUGUUUCGUACAGAAAAAUACAACGAUAUCCUUUCCACAUUGAAGCAUGUCAGGCGAAUUGUUGCUAAUAAAUAUCUCAGGGAUUGCAGAUUGAGUCGAAUAGAUCCCGGGAAUGAGAUAGUCGGCCGGGAAGUAUUAGAGAAGAGCAGCAAUAGCUUUACGAAUAAAAAAUGGCGUGUCGAUUCUUAUAACGAGCGUUGCAAGAAACAAGAUUUAGAACCGCGAGAACACUUAUCGCAGAUAUGUAACGAAGUGAUGGAGAUCGAAUCGCCAGCAGAAAAAUCUUACACUUGGCAUUUACGGGCACCGGAAACUGUAGAGAUACAAACAGGAAGAGCUUUUAACAAAGUCCGCAGCUCGCACUUUUGUGACUCGAGAAUUCAUCAAAUAUUGAACAAGAUUGACGAUAUAGUACGAGAUACGUGCUCUACCGUAUAUUUCCCAUCAGCAGAAAUUACAAGAGAGCAGACGCAACAAAUUGAUCCACUUCACGAGAUACUGAGCUUCCAAUUCGUCCGCGAUUACGAUAGUCAUCGGACGAUUGCUGAAAUUUACGAUCGAUUAGAGAAGCUCCGAAUCGGACAAACACUCGUUCUCGUCGGCUACUCUUUGUUGACGCAGUUGAACGUCGGUCUUUUACAUCUCCUAAGUGAUUUCUUCGAUAACAUCACUGUAGAUAUUUAUGAUAACGAAGGCUAUCGCAUAAAAUUGGAGACUUAUAAGCAUAAUGAUAAAGCAUUUAAUGAUUUGCGCGAAAUAUUUACUGCGUCGCAAAAUGCACGCAAAGAUAAUAUGAUAAUCUGGUCGAUAAUACCUAUAACAAUUUUAUAUGAAUGUGACCAGUUUCCCAUGAUAAUUCAACUUAAUCACCUGAUGAUUAAAAAAUACGCUCAUCAUGUCAGAAAUUCUAUACAUGAUGUGAUUGUAUAAUUAUAAAUAUAAAUUUAUUUAUAAUUAAAACUAUAUA